AUGCUUCGUGGUCGAGAUUUCACCCGGUUGUUCUUGACCAGGUCACAGGCUCGUCCACGUCUCUUAAUUCUCCUUGAAGAAGACGGUCCUGAGUGGAGCUGGAACAUCUACUCGUCGCCUCAGCCUCAGAAUCCAUAUGAGAAGUCUUCUCUUGUAGUAUCUGCCAAUUUUCAUACAAAGAUCCCUAGAUAUACUUUUGACCACGGUUGUGCCUAUGCCUCUGGUUUGAUACUUUUCCCUAACAUGUGGUUCCCAAACAGGUAUUUUGAUGUGGUAUGUGACCCUAUGACAGGACAGUAUGCGAUCUUACCUGAAGUGAACAAAUACAGUAAUGCGUCGCCAAGCUUUUUAGGGUUUGAUCCGUUUGGGAAGCAAUUCAAGGUAUUCGCGGAGGGUCUGAGAAAUUCAAAAACAUUGAUCUUGGACGAUGUCGACAUGCAUGCUACUAAAUUGGUAAACUAUAAAGGUAAAUUAGGUGGGAUUAGUUGGGAGUAUGGUAAAGAUGAUAUUGGAAGGCGUGUGCUUGAGUUAAGAAUGUGGGUUAAAGAGGAUGUCGAGGAACCAGAAUGGUUGGAACAUGUCUACACUUUGUCGGAUGAUAAAAUUGUUGAUGAAGAAGUUUUCGUUGCUGGAGUGACUGCUAGAGGUGAUAUUGUUUUGUCAAUGAAUAGGAGAACUACAUGCAAACCGUUCUAUGUUUUCUACUUCAAUCCCGAAAGCAACGCUCUCCAAAAUGUUGAAAUCGAAGGUUUUGGUGAGCUUCAUCGUAGAAUUAUAAUAUUUGUAGACCAUGUAGAGGAUAUUCGUACGUUGAAUAUCAUCAAGACAAGUGCCAGAACGGAAGCGUAA